AAGCGGACAUAUUAUGAACCUUCUGGACAGUUUGAAUAUGCUAUGCGUGAGAGCUUUGCCUGAUGUUCCCGUUGGUAAUACUUUGAUUUAUUGACUUCAUUUAUUGUAUUUAUAUUGCGUAUUAUUUGUUUCAAAUAAGUUAUUUUUCGUGCAUUUGUCUAUUAUCAAAGCCAUCGAAUUCGCAAAGGAGGUUGAUCAAAAUGCAAGGAUGCGUCCACGAACAUUUGCCUUGUGUGGAGGUACACACAUUAGUACUAAGGAGCAUUUAGAUUAAUGCAGUUAAAAACCGUUACACAAUGAUGAAAUACAUAUAUGAAUCUUGUUAUUUUUUGUUCAGGAGAGGACAUGUUGCCAAAAUACUACGCUGUAGAAUAUACACCUCCGAAAACUGCAUUAUUGAACUGCAUAUGUUGCAUGAGCUGUUUUCGUCAACCGUUUAAUUUGGCAAUUUUUGGAUUGGAUGGCGAACUUGCUUUAAGAAUAGUUUCUGGUCAUCUCGAAAAUUGUUGGCUUCUCCGCUAUUCAAAAGAAUGCUGCUGUCAUCAGGGUAUAGUGAAGCGACUAUUGAUAAAAACACCUGAUGAUGCCGUGAUUGGCAGUUUGGUGGAAUUUGGUCACUGUUUUAUGACCCAGUGGCUUCAAAUUCACCCAGGAGUUCCUCAAACUGGGGCUGAUUUAGCGGACGCUGCUGUGGUCCAAUUCCAGUCAAAGUGCAGGUGCAUGGACUCAUUGAUGUUGUACUGUGGAUGUAAAACAGACCCAGACACCGAGGGUGCCAUGAUUAUGGCUGACAAGGAGGGUCGAAAAUAUGCAACUGCAAGACCCUGGAGUGGAAUAACGUCAGAAGAUUCUUCGUUCCUGUUCACCGUUCGUUUUGCAAAAAAUUGUCCGGUGGAAAUGAAAGCGUUAGCGUUAGCUGGGUCGUUUAUAUAUAACAACUUGAAUUGGGAGACAAGAUCGGAUCUCACGUGUUGCAUGCUUAUUUCUUGUCUAUUCUGCACACUCCGUUUAUAUUAUGACGGGGGACCAGUUACGUACGAUUAUGACAACUGGAGUAAUUUGCGGACCAGACCUGCCACUGCCUAUAUUCCAUGGUUAAGCGUUAAUAGGCCAGCCGUUGUAAAUUAUCGACGAUCUUAA